CACACACACAACCCCACACACACACACACACAAGCUUCUUUCUCUCACUUCAGCGCUCUCUACUCACUCUCUUGCUACUCUCGCUCUCUCUCUCUCUCUCCCUCACUCAGUCGUCAUUCUGUUGCCGCGCGGACACGCUCCACUUUGGCUCCAGUGUUAUUUCUCCAGCUAUUUCUGAAGCUGUUGUCACUCUCUCUCUCUCUCUCUCUCUCUCUCUCUUUCUCUCUCUGCAACUCAAAGCGCAGAGCGCAUACACUCACUCGAGCAUCCGUUUCUGUUUCCAGCGUGUGGGCUCAAACUGCGCACAGCGAGCGGGGAUAAUGACAGAAAGGCACCAAAGAGGAAAGCAGGGUGAGAGAGGGAAUUAAAAAGAGGAGUAAAAUAAGAAGCAAAGGAGAGAGAGAGAGAGUCUGCUCUUGCGACAAAGGUGCGAGGACAGUUUGAUUCAGUGGAUUAAACUGGCUCCGGCUCUGCUCCAAAGUGUCCCACUAAAGGUGAUGACCUCCAAACAUCUCUGAGUGGGAUCCUGACAGGCCCAGGAAAACUGCUUUUGUUGGGACGGCCCCCUUUUCCCAUAAACCACCUUCACAAGCAAGUUUCAGCGUGGCUCAGCUCCCGUCACUGGACUUUAACUUGGGGACCUGAACCUCACAGAUCGCCAAUGCUAACAAGGAACUGCCUGCUGCUGUUCCUUUGGAUUCUCGUGGACGAAGGCUCAGUCUCUUCUUUUCGUGCACCUUCAACGCCCCUGGGACGGAGCAGGACGGGCAGGGAGCACGCCAGGAGCUUGGUGGGCCCGAUGAGGAAUGGGGCGGCUGGAUUUCAGCGGGUCAAAAGGGGCUGGGUGUGGAACCAGUUCUUCGUGCUGGAGGAGUACAUGGGGUCAGACCCACAGUAUGUGGGCAAGCUGCACACUGACCUCGAUAAAGGGGACAGCGUGGUGAAGUACACUCUCUCGGGGGACGGGGCCGGCUCCAUUUUCACAAUUGACCAAACAACGGGGGACAUCCAUGCCUUAAGGAGUCUUGACAGGGAGGAGAAGCCUUACUACACCCUGCGCGCCCAGGCUGUGGACCUUAACAGCAACAGGCCCCUAGAACCAGAAUCUGAAUUCGUAAUCAAGGUUCAAGACAUCAACGACAAUGAGCCAAAGUUCCUGGAGGGACCAUACACAGCCAGUGUCCCUGAGAUGUCCCCAGUGGGGACGUACGUGACGCAAGUCACAGCCACAGAUGCAGACGACCCCACCUACGGAAACAGUGCUAGAGUGGUGUACAGCAUCCUCCAUGGCCAGCCAUACUUCUCUGUUGACCCCAAAACAGGUGUUAUAAAGACAGCCUUGCCCAAUAUGGACAGAGAGGUGAAGGAACAGUACCAGGUACUAAUCCAGGCCAAGGACAUGGGGGGCCAGCUGGGGGGCCUGGCAGGAACCACCACCAUCAACAUCACCCUCAGCGACGUCAACGAUAAUCCACCCAGGUUCUCCAAAAGUUUCUUUCAUCUAAGAGUCCCUGAGUCUUCUUCAGUGGGCUCUGCUGUUGGUAGAAUCAAAGCCCAUGACUUGGACAUUGGGAAAAAUGCAGAAGUAGAGUACACCAUUGUGCCAGGCGAUGGAGGCGCCAUGUUUGAUAUCACCACCAAUGAACACAACCAGGAGGGGAUCAUCAUUCUCAAAAGGCCAUUGGACUUUGAAACCAAGAAGGCGUACACCUUCAAGGUAGAUGCCUCCAAUGCUCACCUGGAUCCACGAUUCCAAAGCUUUGGGGCCUUCAAAGACACGGCCACGGUGAAGAUUAAUGUUUUGGAUGUGGAUGAGCCCCCGGUGUUCAAUAAGCCCUCCUAUGUGAUGGAUGUGUACGAGGACACACCCGCGGGCACCAUCAUUGGAGCGGUGACGGCCCAGGAUUUAGAUGCCAGCAGCAGUCCGGUCAGGUAUUCCAUCGACUGGAAGAGUGACUUGGACAGCUACUUUGACAUUGAUCCAGUGGAGGGGACGAUUUCCACCAACGAACUCCUUGACAGGGAAAGCAUCGCCCAGCAUAAUAUCUCCAUCGUGGCGACCAAACUUAAUAGUCCAGUUCUGACCAGCCGUGUGGCCGUCACUGUCCACGUGCUCGACAUCAACGAGUUCCCACCUGAACUUGCCAGCCCGUAUGAGACCUUUGUGUGUGAAAAUGCCAAAGUGGGACAGGUGAUUCAAACUUUCAGCGCAAAGGACCAGGAUCUACCGAGUGCAGGACAACAGUUCUCCUUCAAAUUACCAAAGGAAGAUGUAAAAAACAAGAAUUUCACCAUCCGAGACUUUGGAAACAACACAGCCGGGAUCGUGACAAAGCGCGGCGGUUUUCGGCGGCGCUUGCAGGAGAUCUACCUCCUCCCCGUGGUGAUUGACGACAAUGGCUACCCACCCAAAAGCAGCACGGGCACGCUGACCAUCCGUGUGUGUGGAUGUGAAUCUGACGGCUCCCUGCUAACGUGCAGCGCCGAGGCCAUCUUUCUCCCCGUGGGCCUCAGCACAGGAGCUCUGAUCGCCAUCCUUCUAUGUAUCAUCAUCCUGUUAGUUAUCGUGGUCCUCUAUGUGGGCUUGAGACGGCAGAAGAAAAAAGAAACCCUCAUGUCAUCCAAAGAAGACAUCCGAGACAACGUGAUCCACUACGACGACGAAGGAGGCGGUGAGGAGGACACGCACGCGUUUGACAUGGGAACGCUUCGCAAUCCCAAGGUCGUCAAAGAGAACCUGUUCCGCAGGGACGUCAAGCCUGAGUUGAAGCACGGUCCCAGGCCGCCCGUCUCUCAGGACAGCGCCGACAUUCGAGAUUUUAUCAACCAGCGUCUGCAGGAGCACGACAUUGACAACUCGGCCCCGCCCUACGACUCUCUGGCCACGUACGCCUACGAGGGCAACGGCUCUGUGGCCGAGUCGCUCAGCUCCAUCGAGUCCCUCGCGGUAGACCACGAGGAGGACUACGAUUACCUCAAUGACUGGGGGCCCCGCUUUAAGACACUUGCGGGGAUAUUCAGUGAGCAAUCAGAAACUCAGUCGGACUCAACCACAACGGAGAACACACAUUGAUGUUAUUCACAGACUCUACAGGCAAAUAUGUAACAAUGUUCUUUUGCUCGGCGACACACAAUGUUUUACCAUCGUUUUCCUCCAAUGUUAUCUGUUCUCAUGUUUUUCCAGCUCGCUGUUUUCUAUUUCUAUUUUCUGUGGUACUUUUUACCAUGCUCGGUCCCAAAAUUGUAAAAAAAAAAAAAAAAAAAAGAGGGAACAUUUGGUGACAUGAUUAGAUGAGCAAAACAGCCAUUCAAUGACCUCUCAAUUGAAUGUUGUUUCUUGUCUUACAUUUUGUUUCCUCUUGGGGAAUACACAUAAACACGGAAAUGUUGUCAUUUCCUAGAACAUCCUUAAAAGUGCCUCAAUAUAAUUGUUAUUUCACUUGCUAUUUCAUGCCACAUCUCCAGUGUUGUUUCUUAGAACCCAUAGUUUAGCUAGUUCAGUCGACAAACCGUGCGCCGACUGGAUUAGGUAUCUACCAAGACCAAUGUCAACUCUGUGGGGACAAUGAAGUGGCCCGAGUUUGGCCAAAGAUGUUUUGAAUGUUAUUUAUUGUUUUAUUUAUUUAUUGGCUGAUUGAGUUGGAUUCAAUUUUUGUGUAUUUAUCUAUUUAUCUCUCAGUCAUCAAUCUGUAUUUUUUAUUUUUUGAGACACACAAGGAUUUUUGUAAUUAUUAUCAUGACCCACAUGAAAAUGUAAGUUUCUGUUAGGUGGGUCCUGUGAAUAGACUUGUACUAGAGUUGUAAAAAAAAAAAAAAGAAUUUAGGGCUAAAUACUGCAGUUCAGUCAUGUAAUAAACACAGUUUUCUUAAAUAAACAGCACUUGGACAAAA